UUGGACCAAAAUUGACGUCACGCAAGUAGUUCCUACGCCAUUUUGUAAAGUGUCUGCCGAAGUCAGUUUUCUGGGUAUAGUGUAAAAUAGUUAAUUCGCAUGGUUUUGUGGACAUUGAAAAGUUAAAGACAUUUCAACGCCAAGUUAACGUCUUGUACGUUAAUCACACAGACUCAAAGUAUGGAGGACAAGGCGUCACUAAAGGAACUGGAUCAAUGGAUAGAGCAGCUAAAUGAAUGCAAGCAAUUGACAGAAAAUCAAGUCAAAACGUUAUGCGACAAGGCGAAGGAGAUUCUCACGAAGGAGUCGAACGUGCAGGAGGUGAAAUGCCCGGUGACGGUGUGCGGCGACGUGCACGGUCAGUUCCACGACCUGAUGGAACUGUUCCGGAUCGGCGGGCGGUCGCCGGACACCAACUACCUGUUCAUGGGCGACUAUGUCGACCGCGGAUACUACAGCGUCGAGACGGUCACAUUGCUCGUUGCACUCAAGGUUAGAUACCGCGAGAGAAUAACGAUCCUGCGCGGUAACCACGAGUCCCGACAGAUCACGCAAGUGUACGGCUUCUACGACGAGUGCCUGCGCAAGUAUGGCAACGCGUCGGUGUGGAAGCACUUCACCGACCUGUUCGACUUCCUCCCGCUGACGGCGCUGGUGGACGGCCAGAUCUUCUGCCUGCACGGGGGGCUCAGCCCCUCCAUCGACACGCUGGACCACAUCCGCGCCCUCGACCGCUUGCAGGAGGUGCCCCAUGAAGGGCCUAUGUGCGACCUUCUCUGGAGCGAUCCUGAUGACAGAGGUGGAUGGGGCAUAUCUCCGCGCGGCGCCGGCUACACGUUCGGCCAGGACAUCUCGGAGACGUUCAACCACAGCAACGGAUUGACGCUGGUGUCGCGCGCCCACCAGCUCGUCAUGGAGGGCUACAACUGGUGCCACGACCGGAACGUCGUCACUAUAUUCUCAGCGCCCAACUACUGCUACAGAUGUGGUAACCAAGCAGCCAUUAUGGAAUUGGAUGAUGCGCUUAAGUACUCAUUCCUUCAGUUCGACCCGGCUCCUCGGCGUGGCGAACCGCACGUCACACGGCGGACGCCUGAUUACUUCAUGUAGGCUGCAACUCGGGCGCAUAUCAAGCAGCAGAGUGUGGUCUCCGCGGGCAGCCUGCCUCAGCGCGACCACACCUCCUUCGCGGAGCUCUGCCACCCGCAAGCUGUGUCUUUUUAUAACAUACGGUAGCGACACCUUCCGUGUCCAUCCACAUUAAAAUAUAUAAAAAACAUAAUACGUACUGUACUCUGUUGCGGGUCGUGCGGAUGGCAGAGUUCCGCGCGUCCAUUGCUUGUUGUACACAUGAAUAUUGUCUAAAGUUGCGUGUACGGCGAGCGGCGGCGGCCAUCGUCGGCGCGCCACCGACGGGAUAUAACAUGACCGCGUCCGUUUGGCUGAACGUCCUUCACAACUGUCCCCGCAUGCUAACUCUGCAGUCGCCCUUCAACUGUGUAUUAGAUUAGUCUGUCAUUUAACAUUUUUCUUUUCGGACGUUCAAAUAACACUGAGAUUGGAACUUGUAAUGUGUUCUCUCGAAACUCUGAAGCGGGCGAUAACGCAGUUAAUUGAAUAAGAUAUGUAUAUCCCCUCUGUGGCGCUGCGUGUGCGAGCGAGCGCGACGCUGGGUCGGCCCGAGUGUUAGAUCGAUCGCAUAAAUACGUGUAUGAUAUUGUGUCCGGGCGGCCGGCUGUAGUUGCCGCCGGCGGCCGCGGGCCGCGUCCACGGGGCCGCAGCGGGCUCGCCGCUAGGUUCUUGCCGUCACUACUCCGCCCGCGAUGUGCUGGUAUGUUCAUUGUAAGCCCGACAAGUUAUUGUAUGUAUACAACUUAUGUAUCAAAGACACUUAGACCUCAUUAAACAGCGUACAUUUGCUAUACAGUAGUUUUAUUUCUCAUUUCACCGAGGAUCGCGCACACAAUGGACAUACCACCAGCUAUGGUGAUACGCCACACACACACACACAUCAACUCCGGUCAUAGCUUGCUACUACAUGUUUCAUAUUUGUUCACAUUUUCGUCACGUCAUGUUACGAGUAGGAAGCAAAUAAUUUUAAUGUUUUGAACUAUAUAAGUUUCUGUAGAUCAAAAUCUGUAAAGUCCAUUUUGUAUUUUUAUUUUUAGUUUACAAUUUGAUCUAUUAAAAUGAAUUUUUACAGUUUGAUAGCCAAUUUUAAUGAACAUGGACUCACAUUCUUCACUCUCAUGUAUAUGCAGUGAUGCAGGCCUGUCGUUAUGUCCUGGGUCGUUUGUUGAUUAGUUAACAAUAAUGAGCAUUUAAUUUUAUGACGGAUGGUGGAGACAUAUAUAUUUUAUUAAAUAAUUAUCAUUUAAUAUAUGCGUGAGGUGUAAGCGAGAAAGUAUUAGAAUUUUUAUUUUAUCCCGACGACGGCGACGGGGCCGUUCUGUCGUAACAUACAUCCGCGCGUGCAUUUCGAGGUUACUUUCAAAUUCUCCGGUUCUUGUGCCACAGUACCUCACACACGGAAUAAAGUGUUUCACAAGAGUGGAGCUUUAAUAGUUUGUUUAAUUAAACCUUCUCUAUAAUUAAUUUAGGUAAAGUGUAAAUACCUAAAGAUCAAGGCAUUACGUAGGUUGUUAUUGUUUAAAGUAAGUUUGGAAUGACUCGUAAUGUAUACUCAUUUCCACAAUACUUAAGCAAGGUAAGUAAUAUUUAACUUUUUAUAUGAAAGCAUAUGGUUAUAUGCCGAGAGGGGUGUUUUUAUACUGGUUCCAUCUUAGGACGUAUGAAGUCUAGAAAUGGCAUUCUAUGUUUCCAUACCAUACAUACAUUAUAGACCGCGUAGUUCCCUCACGGACGCAACAUAGUUCCCCUUGUCAAGUGACCUGACAAAGGCAAUAAUUGCUUUAUUCCAUGUAUCUUAGAAUGGGUUAUUUCUUUUGUCAGUGCCAUCGUAAAAUUUCUAAACUGUCUUGGGCUUAUAAAGAUUUAAUUUACAUAUUCCCAAAUUGCACUUGGAUAUAGAGCAGCGUGUGUAUUAAUACAAAGACUUUACCCACCAAUGACAUCUGUGUAGCCACACGUUUCGUUGAUCUAAGUAUUAUGUAAGCUAUAGGUAAAUAUAAACAUAAAAUUGAAAAAUACAAAAAAAAUAUAUAAAAUAUGUAUGACGUCGAGCUUCGGUUGCGUGAAAUGAUGUUCUUGAUAUGUGCGUGGUUAAUUCGACUGCUUGUAGUUAUUUCUCCCAUUCGAAGUUCGAUGAAACUUAAAUUUAAGGCUUUCCUUGCAAACUGCAUAGGUAAUCAACGUUAAAAUCCAAGAAUUGAGAUAAUAAUUGAACUUUUGUAUGAUCGAGUGUUGAAGUAUGAAGAGGUAAUAAACUGCUAAGUAAUUGAUUUCGCUCUGUUCCCCGGAACUAAUGCUACCACAAUGGCAAUAAUAAAAUGUAACAGAACCUGAUAAGUAAAUAAUUUAUUCAAGCUACUGUACUAUGCCCGUUGAUAGGAAUUAGAUAAUAAAUAAAAUUAAUUAUAAAAUA